UCUCGGUCGCACACGAGUAUGACGUCAUGCUCUGUGCUCGGACCGAGCCGUGACCCUGCUGCUCUGGCUAUGCUAGGGGUGCGCACCAUCAGAUGUUCCGCAGUAAAUCCUGUCAUUUAUCGAUGUUCCCGAUUAAACGAUAAUGGUAAACGAAAUGAUAAACGAUAACUACUGACAACAGUCUGUCUCGUGAGCGGCGACCACUCUGUAGUAGCGCAUGUUUGUACCUUAAGUUUGCAGCAGCUAGCUGGCGAGCUAACUUAAGCCUAUUUCCCAGGUAUCUAAAAGUGAAAGGAGUUGCUUCCAGUGAAACACCACGUAGCAGCAGCUUGACCUUCUUCACCAUGGAGUCCUGAAAUCUUCAAGGUUCUGCGACUCAUCAGGUCGCUUAGGAUUGUUUUGGACCAGAGGUCUCCAUUCAGCCUACAGCCUGUUUGACUUCCCAGACAAGAGGGAGCAAGCAGAUGGGGAAUUGCUGUCCCGCUGAGAGUCCCUGUGGCAGUGCGGAGGAAAGAAUAGUUUUACUGAAUGAUGAAACAAAGGCCAUGGUGUCCUCAGGUGAAAUAGUUCCAGUGAGCACUGGUGGUGCAGAAAAGGAUGAAGACACAAGGAACACAUCUGAUGAGACAAAUAAAAAGGCUGAGGAAAAGGCUGAGACUGUGCAGGAUAAGCACAGGCCUCUACAUGGAGAGACAGAGCCCAAUAACACUCAGGAGAAUGGACCCUUGCAGAAGGAGGGCAUUCAACCGGCUAUGCCUUCUCCCCACAAAGAGUCUGGAAACUCCACCAGACCACAAGAUGAAGGUGUGAAGAAACUUUCACAUGACAGUGGACAAGCUGAGCAUCUGCAAUGCACUUUAGAUCCCCAGCAGAAAGACCACGCAGCUGAAUGGGAGGUUUUGACAGCAAUUGCUGUGGUGCCAAAAGAAGAAACUCCAGGCUCAGUGCAGGACAGAAUCAUAGAUGGCGGCGCACUGACAGCCGAGGCAGUCCACCCUCAACACCUUUCAUGUACUGAGGCAACCACAGCAAGGGAGCACAAUACCCGGAGCACUGCUCAUGAUAAUGAAGAAGAAGCAGCAGCAGGCUCCAGAGUUGCUACUGGCAGUGCUAUAGCCGAACCAUCAGAGGAGUCUUUAAAAAAUAACCAAAUGUCAAACGCUCAGCUCGCCACAGCAGCUGAUCAUAUAUCGUCCAUAUCUGUGGUCAGCCAGGAGAUCAGCGAGGAGAUUCCGAGCUUUGCUGUGUCAAAUGCUGAAAGUUCUUCAGUGUGCAAGCAGGCUGAUCCUGAAGAUGCAAACGUUUGUGAUGUCUCUGAGUCCUGUCCUGGAUCAGAGCCCACGGCGCUCGGUCACAGCGCUGAGGGACGAGACUCUGCCAACUCUGUCAGCCAGCAAGAGACCAGAGCUGCAGCAGAUGCCAGCGAAAGUUUAAAGUCCGAUCAGGAUGCAAAGCUAGAUUCUGGGUGUACAUCUGUGAGUGUAAAGGCACUCGCUUCCUUGGAGAACAUCAAACACGAUACUGGAAAAGUGCUUGACCAAGAUGGGGAUGUUUCCAUAGUGAAGGAGGAAGAUGUGAUGCAGAAGGAGGAGGCAGAGACUAAGCCUGGGAAAGAUGCUGAGACUCAGGAGGGCACUAAUGUCAAGGCUGAAGUCAUGGAGGCGGAACUCUCUGCUGAAGACGACCUGGGAAACAGUGAAGAAGACCUGUACAGAGGGGCUGAGGAGCUGUCGGUGUCACAAAACACAAAACCAGGACCACCACCUGUAUUAGAAAGUACAAAGCUAAAGAUGGAGGACAGAUGCAGUUUGGCCCCGGCAGUGGAUAUUCUGUCUUACAGCGAGAGAGAGUGGAAAGGAAACACUGCCAAAAGUGCUCUCAUUAGAAAGGGUUAUAAAGAGAUGUCCCAGAGGUUUGCAAGCUUGAGGAGAGUGAGGGGGGACAACUACUGUGCACUCAGAGCCGUGCUGUUCCAAGUGCUCUCCCAUAGCACCCAGCUGCCUGUAUGGCUGCAGGAGAAUGACAUUACUAAGCUGCUCAAGCAACUUGAGGCCCAGGAAGGGCUGAUCAGUCUGUGGACGUUUCCUGGUGAGUGUCUGCAGGGAGAUGGGACAGAAGACGCCAACCAGCAGCUAAAACACUACGUGGAGCUCCUCCGAAACAAGUGGCAGGCAGCGGUGGAGUGCUCUUCGGCUGUGGAGCGGCAGCAGCUAUGCGAGCGAGCGUUUCAAGGCGGAGAAGAGGAGCUGGGGUUGCUGGAGGCACUGAAGCUGCUGAUGCUGGGCAGAGCGGUGGAGCUGCACAGCUGCAUGCGGAGAGGCAGAGAUGUGCCGCUCUUCUGCUUGCUGCUGUUCGCUCGGGACUCAUCCGACUGCCCACGCUCCUUCCUCUCCAACCACCUCAGCCACGUGGGCCAGAGUGCUGGGCUGGAACAGGUGGAGAUGUUCCUGCUGGGCUACGCCUUGCAGUGCACCAUUCAAGUUUACAGACUGUACAAGGCUGACACAGAGGAGUUUGUCACCUACUAUCCAGACGACCACAAGAAUGAGUGGCCGUCCAUAUGUCUUGUUACGGAGGACGAUCGCCACUACAAUGUGCCAGUUGUCGAAGCUGCAGCGCUACACAAGGAGCUCAAGGCGAGUUGAUUGUCACUGUUGCGAUAUCUCCUGCCAUACAAUAAAACACUCCUCAGGUCAGUCACAAUGACUGAACAUACGCCAGUUGACCUGUUUCACAGUGAUGUCAGAUCGUGAACAACAUGCUGCAUUCUGGGAUUGACAGAGGGUCUUGCUAGUGAAGUCACAGCAGUAAGACAGAGUGCGCCCACAU